GCAGCACUAGUGUUUCGUGAGCUCGUGCUGAGUCGAGCAGUCAGUCUCACACUGAGUGCAACAAUAAGUGUGAGUAAAAGCAUGUCACGGCUAGUUUGAAGUUCACUUCAGAAAAAAAACUGCCAGUAAUAUUAACUACAUGUGCUCAUUUGACGCUUCCAAAGCCCUGUUAAAUGGAGCUAGAGGACCAAUGGUGGAAAGGACAACUCGCUGCAGAUAUAUACCAGGCGCUACGAUACAAAGAGCUGGAGUUGCCGUCCUACAAAGGCCAGUCCCCUCAGCUCAACCUGAGACGAUACUUUGCUGACCUCAUAGCCAUCGUCAGCAACCGCUUCAGGCUGAGUCCCGCAGCCAGACACCUGGCCGUCUACCUCCUGGACCUCUUCAUGGACCGCUAUGAUGUCACUGUGCAGCAGCUCCACAUGGUCUCGCUCUCAUGUCUUCUGUUGGCCAGUAAAUUUGAGGAAAGGGAGGACCGAGUGCCCAAGCUGGAGACUCUGAACAGCCUGGGCUGCAUGAGCUCCAUGAACCUGGUCCUGACCAAGCAGGGUUUACUUCACAUGGAGCUGCUCCUGCUGGAAACCUUCCAGUGGAACCUGUACCUCCCGACAGCCGCACAUUUCAUAGAAUACUACCUGUCCAUUGCCGUCCACGAGGGAGACCUCCACGAUGGCUGGCCUAUGACCUGCCUGGAGAAGACCAAACUAUUCAUGGCCAAGUAUGCUGAUUACUUCCUGGAGGUUUCCUUGCAGGAUCAUGUGUUUUUGUGUUUUGCACCCUCGCUGGUGUCUGCUGCAUGCGUGGCCACCUCCCGCCUCAUCCUCCACCUGUCCCCUACAUGGCCGCCCCGACUGCAGCGACUCACAGGCUACACAUGGGAGAACCUGGUCCCAUGUGCCGAAAAACUCCUCAUUGCACAUGACGGUGACGUCAAAGAAGCCAAUAAGCAGAAGUGCCAGCAGCCCGGCCAGCAGCAGCAACAGGGCCAGACGGUGUACCACGGUUCAGGCCAGACAGCCACUGUGGCCCAGUACCUGCACUGGCCCUGCGUGCAGUAUCCCCAGCAGGCUCCGCAGCCGGGCCUGGCCCCUAACCACAGGCCUGCGUCCUACCUCAACCACUCCACCGCCAGCCUGCAGACUCCUAACGGCAACACCCAGCCCAUCACUGCCCUACAGGAUCCAAAGUCCAGCAUUACUAACCGGGCUUACCAAGUCAGCAUGCACUACAACUGCGCUGCUCCGUGCUUUGACAGAUGAUGGGUUUUUCAGGGUGUAGUCAUUUUUUGGGGGGAUUGAAGAGAUACGAGAUGUGAUCUGUUUCUCUUGAAAGAAAAUAGCCAAAAUAACCCUAAAAAGUGUUUUUAAUUUGUAAGAGACUUGAUGAGAUUGGUACAACUUGUUGAUCCAUAAGUUGUACACAAUGUGCAAUAUGCAUACUCUGCUGUAAUUUUCUGUGGAGAGCCUGCAGUAGGAUUUUUUUGUUUUGUUUGAGAUAUUGGGUAUGAAUGUUGUCGAGAGGUGGCUAGAGGCAGAGUUUGCACCACUGUACCCACUAGUGUUGCUGUAUAAUUUAGCUACAGAUCAAAAAAGUCUUGUAUUUAUUUGAACCAAAUUACCUCAGGAGUAUUGAAUGUAAAAUACCUCAUGCCUAUAGUCUUUUAUAAGUUAAAGGCAGUUACUAAAAGGGACUUAAGUUGCUUUGUGGUUGAGAUUAGAAAGCACAGUUUAUGUAAGUGUUCUGUACCUCGAACCUUUCAGUUUUUUUGAGUGUCAUUUCUAAAACUUAAGGGAAAAAAUACUUCUGUAGAUGUCGCAAUUUAAGUGCAGAGAAAAUUGUUGCUCUUCUUGAGGAUUCCAGUCAGUGCUGUGCACUUUGAUGAUGAUAGUUUUAAAUAAAAAAAAACUGCGUUAGUUGAACUGAGA